GGAAAAAGUCAAGCAAGAUGAGCUCUGGUUCCAAGAACGUCGGUAUUAUGGCCAUUGAGGUCUAUACCCCUUCUACAUUUGUACUGCAGUCCAAGCUGGAAGAGCACUAUGGUGUGGCACAAGGAAAAUACACUAUUGGUCUUGGUCAAGAAGGAAUUGGACUUUGUGGUGACGUGGAAGAUAUCAAUUCCUUGGCUUUGACCGUGGUCAAGUCUUUAAUGGAAAAAUACAACAUUGAUCCCAACACCGUGGGUAGACUGGAAGUUGGAACUGAAACAUUGGUAGACAAGUCAAAAUCUACCAAGACGGUUCUCAUGUCAUUGUUUCCAGGCAACACAGAUAUUGAGGGAGCUACGGUAGUCAAUGCUUGUUAUGGAGGAACUGCAGCUCUUUUGAAUGCAUUUACAUGGGUAGAAUCCGAUGGUUGGGAUGGUCGAUAUGCUAUUGUUGUGGCAGCCGAUAUUGCAGCCUAUGCCAAGGGACCGGCUCGUCCCACCUGUGGAGCCGGAGCUGUUGCCGUGUUGGUGGGCCGUGAUGCACCCUUGGCAUUUAACCCAAGGGAACGAGCUACCCACGCAGCCCAUGUAUGGGACUUUUUCAAACCUGAUCACACUGUCGAGUAUCCUACCGUAGACGGUGCCUUGUCCCAGGUCUGCUACUACCAGGCUAUUGAGGAUGUGUACCAACGCUUGGCACAGAAUGUGAAGAAAGCCAGGGGCGAAAACAGCAAUGACCAACCCUUUGAUUCAGAAUCACCAGACUAUUGGGUGUUCCAUGCCCCUUACAACAAACUGGUCCAAAAGUCAUACGGGCGGAUGUUUUUGAUUGAUGCUCGUCGUCGUCGUCAUGAGGAGAGCGAAGAAAAGAAAGAAUCGGAUACUGCUAAUCCGUUGGAAGAGUGGCUAACCAAACCAAUUGAGGAAACAUACAGUGACAAAGCAUUGGAAAGGGCCCUGAAAACUGUUUCGGCCAAGGCAUACGAACAGCGAUUCAAUGAUUCCAACUCGGCCAGCAAAUUGAAUGGAAACACGUACACAGCAAGCGUCUUUAUCGGCCUGGCAUCUUUAGUGGACAAGGCAGGAUCGCGUGGAGAUCUUUCUCCCGGUAAAACCAUUGGUGUGUUUUCCUACGGAUCUGGUGCACUCGCCACCAUGUACCGUUUGCAUGUUCGGGAACCAACGGAGCAAUCUACUUUCACUGUCGCCAAGAUGGCAGAGGCCUUAAAGCUGACGGAACGACUUGCGAAACGAGAAGAAGUCCACCCAGGCGAACUGGAUAUGGCUUUGGAUACUCGUGCACGAAUGCAUGGUGCAGGGGCUCCCUACACCCCCGUCUACCCAACUGUCGGACGUUUGUUCCCCGGAACUUACUAUCUGAAGGAAAUCGACGCAAAGUGGAGGCGUGUCUACGAACGCGUUCCGCUGGACGCUAAAAUGGAACCUCAUGGCACAUCCUUGGCUCCCGAAAGCGUUUUGAGAAUGGCCGACCGCGACCCCCUUCCUGAAGACGGUGCCAAGAAACAAAAGGUUUAAUUAGGUGGACGCAAGUACCCGAUCUAGCUAGUUUGUUGGCUGGGGCCAGUAUGUGCCGACAUGACAAUUUUUUAACGAUAUCUCGUGAUGGCUGCAACGGAAACAUGAACAAACCAACGAACCACUACGAGUGCAUCUGCAUAGCCCGCUAAUAUGCAUAAAUGUAGAACAUGAUGUCAUUUUGGUUG